AACUAUCAGAAAGCUCGUUUACGAGAUGGCCCCUUCUAUUCCCGCUUAAUGUCAAGAAUUGAGGAAUGUCAUGGAAUCACUCGCUCUAAGCCAAUCAGAGCUUAGCAUUUGUCAGACCCACUUAAAGACCGAAGCCAAACCGCGACAGUCCGGGGAAUUUCUUCCUUCUUGACACUCACACCAACCACCAAGUGCGACCUUCGAACCUCCAUCUCUCAACUCUCAACUCCAAACUCCAACCUAAACCUUCCAAACACCCUCAAAACUCGCGAUAAUAUGCCUCGUCAAGGAAGAUCAGGAGGCGGAAGCCGAGCUCCCGCUCGCCCGUCUAUUGCCCCUCAAAGACCAGCACCCCAAAAGCAACAGACUCGCCCUGCGACAACUGCAGCAUACCCUCCAACAAACACACAACAACCUCACCCACCUGCCGCUGCCGCUCCCUCGGCCGGUGCUCCAUCAGCCGGUCCAGGACUUUUCGGACAGAUGGCUAGCACAGCUGCGUAAGUGAAGCGUAGUUUGCGACGAGAGACUUGAAGACUAACUCGGUACUAGCGGUGUUGCCGUCGGAUCAUCUAUAGGACACGCAAUUGGGGGUAUGUUCGGUGGUGGAUCAAGCGCCCCAGCUGCCGCAGAACCACAAGCAAACAACGUUGCCACUCAAGGAAACCAGCAGGAUCAGAGCAACUGGGGUCAGAGAAGCUGCGAGACGGACGCAAAGCAGUUCACCAAGUGUUUGGAUGAUAACCAAGGCAACAUGCAGAUCUGUGGAUGGUACUUGGAGCAAUUGGUAAGUUUCGCGCAAUUAUUAGUUUAUAAUAUUAUGCUAAUUCGAGUCUCUUAAUGUAGAAAGCAUGCCAAUCUGCUGCUAGCCAAUAUUAG